CAUUUUUUUGAAGUAGCCAACACAGCUAACUGCACGUUGCUAGCUAGUUGCAAUAUUGUAGCUAUUAGCACGUUAUUUCCUAGCUGGGAAAUAAGCCCAUUGCCUUCGUUAAAACAUCGGUCUUUGCCUUUUUCCUCUAUUUUUUUAACAAAUGUGCUAGUAAACAACGGUUCCGUUAUCUUCGAAAUUUUUACAAUUGCGUUGGCUAGCUAAUGUUCGUCAAGCUAACUUAAACGUUAGCAAACUUGAGCUAUUCAACAGCAGUAGCCAUAGUUAAAGCAAACUUAUUCCAUACAUUAGCUAGCCAACGAAGUUAGAUAGUCAGCGAAGUUAGCCAGUUUGCAAACUGUCAUUCACAUUAAUUAGUAAGCUAGCUAGUAAACAAACGUUAAGUGUUAGUUAUACAUCUUUGGCGAAUUAAUUUAGCUAACAUUAGCAUUUUGUCUUGUUAAACGUUACUAGCUAGUGCACUGAAACAAAGGUGAGCAUGGCAAUGAGACAGACACCCCUGACCUGCUCUGGUCACACAAGACCUGUGGUCGAUCUAGCUUUUAGUGGGAUCACACCAUACGGGUAUUUCCUCAUCAGUGCCUGCAAAGAUGGCAAACCCAUGUUGCGCCAGGGGGACACAGGGGACUGGAUCGGAACGUUCUUGGGUCACAAGGGUGCUGUCUGGGGGGCCACUCUGAAUAAGGAAGCCACCAAGGCCGCCACGGCUGCUGCAGAUUUUACAGCGAAGGUGUGGGAUGCUGUGAGUGGAGAUGAGGUCCUCACUCUGGCGCACAAGCACAUUGUCAAGUCUGUCAAUUUUACUCAGGACAGCAGCUGUCUUUUAACUGGAGGGAAUGACAAGACAAUACGCAUCUAUGACAUCAACAAACCUGAAGCAGAACCGCAAGAGAUUACCGGGCACACUUCUGCCAUAAAGAAAGCCUUGUGGUGUAACAACGACACCCAAAUCCUCUCUGCUGCCGAUGACAAAACCGUACGACUGUGGGAUAGAACUUCCACAGCAGUUGUGAAACAGCUCUCUUUCGACAUGUCAGUCAGCAGCAUGGAGUACAUCCCUGACGGAGAGGUUUUGGUCAUCACCUAUGGAAAGACCAUUGCCUUCUACAAUGCCCUCAGCCUUGACCUGAUCAAGACUGUGGACGCCCCUGCCUCUAUUCACUCUGCCUCGUUGCAUCCAGAUAAGGACUUCUUUGUUGCUGGAGGGGAUGACUUCAAGCUCUACAAAUAUGACUACAGCACUAAGGAGGAGUUGGAGUCGUACAAGGGCCACUUUGGGCCGGUCCACUGUGUGCGGUUCAGUCCCGACGGAGAGCUGUAUGCCAGCGGCUCAGAGGAUGGCACACUGCGGCUGUGGCAGACUGAAGUAGGCAAGACCUACGGCCUCUGGAAGUGUGUCCUUCCUGAGGAACUUGUGUCAGAGAACUCUGACACAAUUUACUGCACUCCUGCUGCUCCUGAGAUCAAAGCCUGAGCACCAGAGAAGACAGGAAGUCAAAGAGAAGGAAGGAGGUGAGGAGAAGAGCAGGGUGCUCCAGUUCCUUCAGACCACCAAGCCCCAGCUAGGACCUGAUCCUGUGCCUCUCCUCUUCAACAUGAACUAAUAUGGAGUUGAGCUCCUGAUACACAAGUGUGCAGACAGACCAACACACAGAAAUGAAAACACACAUACACUCAUGCAAGCACUUAUACACACAUGUACAGACACAAACACACACGGAAUGGGCUCCAGAGGAAAGCAGUAGACCUGUGAGGAUAUGGCUCAUCGCUGCCUGCUUUCCCUCUGAUCAGCCCAGUCUUUUCCUCAUCUGUCUGUUCAACAUUGUGACCCCGUUGGGCAACCUUUUGUUUCAAAUGUAUUUACUUCAAUGGCCAAUUUGGCACUGUGAUAUUAUUUUCUUCUAUUUAGGAAAUACGCACACCGUUAAAAGUGUGAUAAUAUUCUCAAAGAAAUUCUCAUGUUCAGUAAAAGUAGUAUUUUGUCCAUUUAGUGUAGCCUUAAACUCUUAUGGGGAUAUGUUCUGUAACAGGUGAGAGAGUUAAAUUAAGUGGUUUGCUUUGUUCUUUAUGUCCUUGGUUGCAACGUUGCAGUUGUUCAGUAAUUAAUAAAGAGAUACAUGCAUUAUACAAAGCUACAAAGCUAUUUGUUAUAAUACAAGUUGUAUCAUUUCAAUGAUAGUGCAUUGUGCCAACAGCAUGUCUCACUUAUGACUGCUGUGUUGUAUGUGUAAUAUGUUAAUAGAAACAUGACACAACUUUUAAAAUAUGUAUUUUAAUAUCUGUUCUAUUUUUAUUGUCUCAUGUUGAGUGCCUAAAAUGUGCAUGUAUCAGCUACCAAUGGCAAAGCUUGUAGUUACUGUUUUUGCUCAGUAGGGGCUGCUUUCGAAUGGUGGUGGGUCACAGAUGCUUUAUUUCUCACCGCGUUGGUUCCUUUAAUUUUUUCAGAGGGCCGGUGUACCUGCUAGCUAGCAGUUUGGUUCUUAUGUUAGCAGCCCACCAGCAAGAAUAAGGCCCGUAAACCACGACAAUUUGUUUCAGAAUAAAGGUCCUUCGAUGAAUACUCAUUUCUAGUGGUCAAAAUGUUAGCAUAUCCUUAAUGUUGUUUAACAAUUAUCAUCUGAGAUACAUGGGGCAUAGAUUUUAAUUAAAUGUGCAACACAUUCUGUAUUCUAAAUUCACUGAGUUGACACCUUGAAGAGUGUUGCUACUUGUUUGGUUGUGCUUGAAAGUGGCCAAUCAGAUUAAAUGCUGUCAGUUGGUUUUUCACGUUGGAGACA